AGGCGCUACCGGCGGCCGCCUCGCUGCCCCUCGACUGACGACCGCGAUUCCUCGGCGAGUCCGCGUCGGGCUUUGGCGACGGCGAGAGCUCUCCACGCGUGGACCACGGUUCCAAAGCCCCAGCCAGCCGGCGGCUGCCCCUUCCCCACUUCUGUGGGCUGCAGCCUUGCCCAGCGGCCGCCCGAUAGCCACUCGGCCUGUCCGGCAGCCUCCCCGCCGGCGCCCCGCGCGGUCGCGCCUGGCAGCCGCCCGGCCCUUCUGCAGCAGCCAGCCCGCCCCAGGCUGAGGCAGUGAGGCUCCACGCUCCAGCUCCAGAAAUCACGAUUGACUAGCAUCUGCCUACAAAUCAUUGCCCUUGGUAUUUAUUGAGCACUGCAAGUGGUUGAGGUAAACAUGCUGAGGAGCAUCUUGAGCCAGUCAUGGAAGAGAGGAGCACAUAUGCUAUGUGAAGGAAAUUCAGCACCGGCUCUAUUAACUUGCUGGAGUCAAUUUCACAGCGGGCAGGUCUUAAGUUCUUCCAGGAGCUUCUUUGGCGUGGAGGACUUUGUGGAUGAAGACAACAGUAGGCCAUACACAUACAAGAAGGAGAAGAGAUCCAAGAACCCCCACAAGCACAUUUCUUUCAAGCAGCGCACCAUUGCCUACAUGGAGCCCUUCACGCUGGACGUCUUCAUCUCCAAGCGCUUUGUCUCGGCAUCCCUCACGCACCGAUCGACUUGCAGGCAGGUCGCGGUUGCUGGGACCAACUCAAAGGACAUCAAGGCGGUGCUCAAGUCGAGGUCCGACAUCCCGGCCUGCCUAGCCGUGGGCCGGUUCCUGGCGGAGAGGGCGAAGGAGGCUGACGUGUUUACCUGCACGUACACACCAAGGGAGCGGGACAAGUUUGAGGGGAAGAUUAGGGCGGUAGUUCAGUCACUGAUCGAUAACGGGAUCAAUGUGAAGCUUUAUCUUGAUUGAGUUUGUGUUGUUGGUAUGAAUAGUUCUGUUGAAACUUGCAAAUGGGUUAUCUGUUGCUAGGGAUGCAAGCUUGAGUUAUUCUGUGUCAUUAAGUUGAUAUAAAAAAAAACUUGCUCAAAUGAAAUGGAAUGGACAUUUCACAUAAUUUGAGUGAGGGGAGAAAUGAACUAGAAUGAUAUUUGACUGUAGUUAUUAGUUAGCACAUCAUUGGAUACCCACUUGCAUCCUUGUGACCUUGUCUGUUAGCGUGACCAUAAAUAUAUAUACUUCGAGCUUUAUA